CAGUGGCAGCGGCGGCGAGAUGAGCACUCUGGGCCAAGUCCUGCUGUGGCUGCAGCUCUGCGCACUGACUCGGGCAACCUACAAACUUUGGGUCCCCGACACCUACUUCGAUACUGCCUCCAACUGGAGCCAGAACCGGACCCCAUGUGCGGGAGAUGCGGUCCAAUUCCCGGCGGACAAGAUGGUAUCGGUCAUGGUCAGAGACAGUCACGCCAUCUCGGACAUGCUCCUGCCGCUGGACGGGGAGAUCGUUCUGGCUUCGGGAGCCUCAUUCAGUGCUGCAGGAGCUGGCUCGGACCCGGCUUGUAACUCUGGUGCCCCGUUGCUCUUCCGCAAUCCCGACCGCUUCUCCUGGUUUGAUCCACACUUGUGGAGUUCCGCGACCCAGGCACGCGGCCUCUUCUCCGUGGACGCCGAGCGCGUACCCUGCAGCUACGACGACGUCCUCUUCCCGCGCGACGCGUCUUUCCGCGUGGCGCUCGGUCCGGGCCCCAACCCGGUGCACGUCCGCAGCCUCUCGGCCGUGGGCCAGACGUUCACGCGGGAUGAGGACCUGACUGCUUUCCUGGCGUCCCGCGAGGGCCGCCUGCGCUUCCAUGGGUCCGGCACGCUGAGAGUGGGCUCCCAGGCCUGCACCGACACGUCGGGCUGCGUUUGCGGCAACGCCGAGACGCUGCCCUGGGUCUGCGCGUCUCUGCUGCAGCCGCUGGGCGGCCACUGCCCUCCGGCCACCUGCCGCGACCCCCUACUGCCUCAAGGACAGUGCUGCGACCUCUGCGGAGCCAUCGUGUCGUUAAUCCACGAACCCACAUUUGACCUGGAGCGGUACCGAACGCGGCUGCUGGACCUCUUCCUGAAGCAGCCCCAGUACCAGGGGCUGCAGGUGGCUGUGUCCAAGGUGCUGCGCGAGGCUCACACCGAGAUCCAGGUGGUGCUCGUGGAGACCGGGCACCAGACCGGCGCAGCGGGGCGCCUGGGCCAAGAGCUCCUUCAGGACGCGGUGGCACAAGGGAGCGUGCUCGGCAUCCAGUCGGCGACACUGCGGCACUCCGGCAAGCCGACGGAGGACUCCGCGCUGGAUCAGGACGGGUUCCGUGCAGGACUGGCGGGCGGCGUGGCGGCCAUGGUGCUGCUGGCACUGCUGGGGGCGGCGCUGCUGCUGCUGUACCGCAGCGGGAGGCUCAGAUGGAGAAGGCAUGGCGAGACUGAGCCCUCAGCGCCUGGGGUGCCGCUGGGUUUCCGAAAUCCGAUUUUCGACGUGAUAGUCUUCAAGCAGCAGCCCGAAGUGAAGCCGCCCGACUCUCCGCAGAAGGUGGAAAUCGACACCAACUUCAGCUACUUCGUUAACCCACUCUUUGCCGGGGAAGCAGAGGCAGAGGCCUGACCUGCGGGGAGAGUACUAGGCCUCCAACCUGUGGACUAGUCGUGUCAUCUGAGACCAUGACUUCUCUCCUGGUGUCAAGGACCAUGCCUACCUUGCCCAAUAAUUGUUGUGGUUUUACUUUGCUUGUUU